GCCAUUCAUUUUGCCGUCAAAGUGCAAAAUAAUCUACCUAGGUAUGCGUUUCACUUUACAAUAAUAUUAAACAGUAAUAUUAAAUAUUCACUAAAACUGCAUUUAAUGAAGAUUUUAUAUCAUAAUGUCGAAAAGGAAGGUAGGUGUGAACGAUAUAAUUUAUGAAUUGGACAAUGAUGACAUCGAAAUGAGUAGUGAGGACGAAGUAAAAGAUCCAAAAAUUACUCGAAUUGACCCAAAAAGUCCUGUACAGGACUCAGAAAACUUAUAUAACAAAGACAAUAGUGAAGAAAAGAUUACUAUAAAUCAUUCAGAAAAAAGCACUGAGAAAAAUGCAUCGCCUUCACUUGAACAGAAUGGAGGGAAAACUUCUCCAACCUUAAUUUCCAUAGAUGAGAAAAAUAUUAAUAAUGGAGUUGAUUCUCAACCCAUAGAAAACAAUAUAGAUAUUGAUGAAAAAUCUAAUACAGAUUGUACAAAAACAAUGAUUUUCAAUGAAGACAUUGUUGUGGAUUCUCCGGCUUCAAAUAGUGACUUAGGUGUGGUGGGAUGUGAAAAUAGGACGCCCUUAGUGAGUGUUAGGUUUAAGGACAAUAAAUUAGCUAAAGGUUACAAAGAAAAGAUAAAGGCUUUUAUGUUGAGAUUAAUUAAGCUUCACGAUGAGGAUAGCUCGGAUACUGAAACUGAUUUGGAACUAGAUAUUUGGCCGGAGGACUUGAUAGAAGAUGACUUUAAUUUGAUAGAGGAAAAGGAACCAGAAGACAACUUAUUCUUUAUUGACACUGCCCCUUGUGAUGUGCCUGUGGAAGUACCUAGAUAUAGUCAGGUAUCUACAUUAAUAUCCAAUGUACCGGAUCAAGAACCCACUCCGCCACCAACAUUAAGACGAGGUCCAAUAUGUUUCAAUUGUGAUGGCAGUCAUCGGCUGCUCGACUGCCCAGCUCCAAAGAAUAAAGCAAGGAUAGCGGAGAAUAGGAAAAAUAUGACCACUAGAGUUGGCCGCUACCACGUGGAAGAUGAACAGAAGUAUGGCCACCUGAUUCCUGGUAGGAUAUCAGGGCAGCUCCGACACGCUCUGGGGUUGAAGCGACACGAGCUCCCCCUGCACAUCUACCGCAUGAGGCUGCUGGGGUAUCCCCCGGGUUGGCUGGAGGAGGCCCGGAUAUCACAUUCCGGGAUUACCAUGUUUGACUCUUCUGGUACCGCUAUACAAGACCCUGAAGAAGAGGAUGGUGAGGUGUGUGAGCCGGGUUCCAAGGAUAAAUUCGACAUCAAGAAGAUCCUGGAUUUCCCCGGUUUUAAUGUGAAAGCCAGUUCGCGAUACAAAGAGGAAGCGCACUUGUACAAGCUGCCGCCGAUGUCUGAGCAGGACAGCAAGAUGGCGAUGCUGCAGCAGCUGGCCCCGAACGCGAUGAAGGCGUACAAGCGCAAGAAGCUCACGUUCUUCCCGUCCGCCGCCGCGCGGCCGCGCCUCGAGGGCCAGGCAGAGAUGGACCUGGACAGCGGGGACGAAAACAUCGAGUUCCCGUCGAAUCCGCCGCUGCCGGACGAGGCUCCACCCCAGCCGCCUCAGCCUCCCCCGCCGCCCGACUCCCCGCCACCGCUCCCCAACGAUAACGUCAUCACGAUAGACGAUGAUAAGACUGACCUGGACAAUUCUGGUGACGACCUGGUGCUCAUUGAGCAGGACAUUAGUAUUGUCAAUGUGGAUGACUCGGUAGUCGGAGAUGCUGAGAAGGACGUGGAAGUAGACACACCUAACCUGGACCGCAGUAGUCCGACGUUAGACGACCUUGAAGAGAAGAAGCGGAAAUUAUUGAGCGCUCUAGAAGGCGAUACUACAUUGGUAGCACAUAUUAACUUAGAUGAAAGUACAGACAAUAUAGAAAAAUCUAACACUGUAACUAAAGGUGCAGAGGAUGCUAAUGUUGGAAAAGAAUUUAUAACUGAACUUGCAAAUGACGAAACGCCACUAAAUAAUAGUCCAGCAAAAAUAUCAUCUUGUAAGUCACCAGCGGAAACAAAAGCAUCUGAUAGUGAUCUAGAAUCAAAGACUGAACUAAGGACAGGGCAUGUAAAAACUACCGCAUAUGGUACUCCAGUCAUGAACGUGGCGUCUUCAUAUGUAAAGUUACCGAGUGACGAUAAAUUCUCCAAAGACAUUUGUGACGUUAUAAAUUUCGAGAACCUCCCGAAUUCGACGGGCAAGUACAAGCAGAUAAGCAACUUGUUGAAAAAGGUUAAAAGCGAAGUGGACAGGAUACAAGAGUCAUGAUCCACGGAUGCCGCCGUAUAGGCGGUUUUUUUUGUACAAUUAUGAACUACCAUAUCUGCAAUAUAUUAGUAUUUUUGUACUGCCGUCAUUUGAAUAAAGUUUGGAAGUUUUUGCGCGUGUUUA